CCUACUUUGUACCUACAUGUAAGCACCCGAUACGCUUAUAUGAAUUUGCUCAACCAAAAUACUCAUAGGACGAGCAAAAUGCCUUCUUAAGAGGAUAUUCCGCUGCCAGGCCCGCUGAGAGGAAUCUGAUAACGAUUAAACCCGGCGUUGCGCAAAGCGGGGCGAGAACAGCCCGGCAAGGAGAAGGAAUGGUUUCGGCUUUUUUUACGGGGUAUUAGCGCUGAGGGAAGUCCCUUGGUCGCGGGUCUGCGCCUUUCCAGGACCAACGAGAAGAAUGAAUACUACGUCGUACUCGGCACUCUCUGCCCAUCUCGACGAGAUCCGAAAAAUCCACAAACCAAAUACCUAAAUCCACACGCCUCGUCGCAGAGCAUCAACCCCGACAUCACCAUUCUUCUCUCCCUUUUGCCUCAGCAGUAUCUCAUUCUGCCGAAUAGGUGUAGCGUCGGCACACAGUCUCGUCUUCUUCCUGACUUUCCUCGACCGCCAUCCCUUCCGCUAUGACCGAACCGCCGGCUAAGAAAAAGUGCCUGGGAGCCGGGUGCGAGAAUGACGCCUCCGCCCUGCAAUGUCCCACCUGCCUGAAGCUGGGAAUCAAGGACAGCAACUUCUGCUCGCAGGACUGCUUCAAGAAGAAUUGGAACGAGCACAAGGCCCUGCACAAGAUCGCGCAAGGCAAGACGUUGAACGCGACCGGUGUCUACAACCCUUUCCCCGCCUUCGCAUACACCGGAACCCUACGGCCGGUCUACCCCCUGUCCGAAAGGCGCCCCGUCCCGAAGUCGAUACCGCAUCCCGACUAUGCCGAGACCGGUUUCCCGAAGAGCGAGCGCUUCGUGAAUCGGAACAAGGUCGACAUACUCGAUGCCCAGGGACAGGAGGCCAUGCGAAAGGUGUGUGUGCUGGGCCGAGAAGUCCUGGAUAUUGUCGCCGCCGAGGUAAGACCCGGCGUCACGACGGACUACCUCGACGAGGUCUGCCAUAAGGCUUGCAUAGAACGAGGGGCAUAUCCGUCGCCCUUGAACUACAACAAUUUCCCCAAGUCCUUCUGCACCUCGGUCAACGAAGUGAUCUGCCACGGCAUUCCCGAUCAACGAGUGCUCGUAGAUGGCGAUAUCAUCAACCUAGACGUCUCGCUUUACCACGGGGGCUACCAUUCGGAUCUGAACGAAACCUACUACGUCGGCGAUAAGGCGAAAGCUAACCCCGACGCGGUUCGCGUGGUAGAAACGGCGCGAGAAUGUCUCGACGAGGCAGCCAAGCUUAUCAAGCCAGGCACGUUGAUACGAGAGUUCGGAAAUAUCAUUGAGAAGCACGCCAAGUCGCGGAAUUGCAGCGUGAUAAGAACGUACUGUGGCCAUGGCGUUAACAGUUUGUUCCACUGCCCGCCUAGCAUCCCCCACUACGGGAGGAAUAAGGCUGUGGGAGAGUGCAAGCCCGGCAUGACCUUUACUAUUGAGCCGAUGAUUGCGCUGGGCAAGUACCGAGACAUCACCUGGCCCGACAACUGGACCAGCACCACGAUCGAUGGCAAGUUGACUGCGCAGUUCGAGCAUACCUUCCUCGUAACGGAGACUGGGGUGGAGGUGCUCACCGCGCGGACCGAGAGCUCGCCCGGGGGAGCUAUCCCGAUGCCUACGGUGGAAAACAGCUCGAGUAGCAGUUGAUAGUGGGGGUAGCUGGAUCAGACAGCGGCGCCAUGUGCUACAUCCCUCGCACCCGGGUGUUCGGCGCAUAGCCGAAGGGGCAAACGGUGACAGGAACGAUAUAGGAUUCUCACGAGUCUACGGUCUCAACGUGUAGGAGGUGACACAGGUUCGUGCAGAAGGCGUCUGCAUAUAAUAUAGACAAGACCGCAUGCGCGAGGUGGCGAGCCGCCAGAACUAGUAGUGAUUGGGCGGGGCGUGAUAGCGAUGAUUGUAGCUGCGUAGCAUGACCACUAUUCCGAACGAUCGGCGGCGAGGUACAGCAACUGGGGAGAUGUUAGAGCUCUCUCUCCCUAGUCCGUCCACUUGGCACCUCACUCCAGCGUUCCGAUUAUCGAAUAACCCCGGAUUUGCAGUCCGGGCCAAUCACCGGCCCUUAUGUGGAUCCUCAGGCAUCCAGAAUGGAGGCCUGUGAUUGGUGGAAUUGAAGAAAAACACACAACAGCUAACUGUUCGUAAAACGCUGUAUUUAAGCC